AUGAAAUUGUGGACAUUUUUACUAGUAACGCUUUUUGCAACAUUUGUAUCAGCAGAGACUCAUACGUGGUGGUUCAAUACCACUUGGGUUGAUGCCAAUCCCGAUGGUGUCUUUGAAAGAAAAAUGAUCGGUUUCAACAACAGUUGGCCAUUACCUACUUUGAGGGUCAAAAAGGGUGAUAGGGUUCAAUUGUAUCUUAUAAAUUCGUUCGACACUGUUAAUACCACUUUACAUUUCCAUGGCUUGUUUCAACCAGGAUCAAAUCAAAUGGAUGGACCUCCAUUAGUUACACAGUGUCCUAUUUCAAGUGGAGAAGUCUUUUUAUAUAAUUUUACAGUUGGUGACCAAGUGGGCUCUUAUUGGUACCAUUCACAUACAUCUGGCCAGUAUGGUGAUGGUAUGAGAGGUGUGUUUAUUAUUGACGAUGACGAUUUCCCAUAUGAAUACGAUGAAGAAGUUGUUUUGUCAUUGAGUGAACAUUACCACCAAUAUUCGCAAGAUUUGAUGCCAUCUUUCUUAAGCAGAUUUAAUCCUACUGGCGCUGAGCCAAUUAUUGAUAAUAUUUUAUUCAACGAAACGAGAAAUGCUACUUGGAAGGUUGAACCAAACAAGACAUAUCUCUUGAGGAUUAUAAAUACAGGUAGAUUUGUUUCCCAGUACCUUUGGAUCGAAGACCAUGACAUGACAGUUGUGGAAGUUGAUGGGGUAUACACUCAACCAAAUACUACCAGCAUGCUAUAUAUUACUAUAGCUCAGAGAUACGCAGUUUUAAUCAAAACCAAAAACUCAACUGAUCAAAAUUACGCCUUCAUGAAUAGAGUUGAUGAUUCAAUGUUGGAUACUAUUCCUAAGGAGUUGCAAACAAACGGAACCAACUACAUGGUUUACAAUGAGACUUUGUUCAACGAAGCCAAGCCAGACCAAAACUAUGUCGAUUCAUUGGAUGAUUUUUUGGAUGACUUUUACUUGGUGCCUUACAAUAAUGAGACACUAUACGAUGAUGCUGAUUAUACUAUAACACUUGACGUGCAAAUGGACAAUUUGGGUGACGGUGUCAACUAUGCCUUCUUCAACAAUGUUUCAUAUGUCGCGCCUAAGGUUCCUACAUUGCAUACCGUUUUGUCAGCUGGUGACGCUGCUACCAAUGAGUUGGUAUACGGUUCAAAUACAAACGUUUUUGUGCUCGAAGGAGAUGAAGUUGUUGAUAUUGUUUUGAACAACUAUGAUACUGGUACCCAUCCCUUUCAUUUGCAUGGUCACACCUUUCAAGUUAUUGCCAGGGGUCCAGCCAUUCCCGAUGAUGGGUCUCCCUUAAACUAUAAUGCAAGUGAUCAUGAUGAGUUCCCACAAUACCCGAUGAUGAGAGAUACAUUGUAUGUGCGACCACAAUCGUAUUUUGUUAUUAGGUUUAAAGCAAACAAUCCAGGAGUUUGGUUUUUCCAUUGUCAUAUUGAAUGGCACUUGGAUCAAGGAUUGGCUGUUGUUUUGGUGGAAAACCCAAGAGCUAUUAUCAAUGACCCAAACCAACAAUUAACAGAUAAUCAUAAACAGAUUUGUGAGAAAGUUGGUGUGCCAUGGCAGGGUAAUGCCGCAGCCCACACCGAGAACUUCUUGGACUUGACAGGAGAAAAUGUCCAAGUCAAGAGGCUCCCAACUGGUUUCACAGCUAGAGGUAUUGUUGCAUUAGUGUUUUCAUGUGUUGCCGGUGUUUUGGGAUUGGCGGCAAUUGCCUUUUACGGAAUGCAAGAUAUUUCAGAUGUCGAAGAGAGAGUUGCUAGAGACUUGGACGUGGAUCUCGAUGACCAGGGUGUUAAUGAAGACAACAUCGAAAGAAUUUCAGAGACAGGAUCCUCACUUAGUAAGAAGAGUCAGUUCUAA